AUGCCUCGACGCCGCGCUGCCUCACCACGACCCCCUGAUGAGGGCGAGUCGGCGCCCAAAUCAGGGUGGAAAGACAAGUUGACAGCGCAACAACUGAACAGAAAGCGGGCGGCAGACAGGCUCCUGGUGCGAGAAAACCGAAACAAGGCACGUCAGACUAUCGCCUCGUUGCAGCAGCGCGUCGAGCUCCUGAGCAGCCAGCAGCCCGACCGGAGUGUAUCGGAACUACUUGUAGAAAACAAGACUCUUGAAGCCGAGAGGGACAACCUUCGCAUACCCUGGGAAGAUGCACAUCUCCUGUUCGAGGUACGCCCUGGAGGCAGCUGUCCUGGCGCUCCAACGACUCUUCUAUCGACGACCACGGGCACUCAAUCUAUCGACGCUCACACGAGGGCUUAUGUCGAAGCGAGCCUCGCUGUUACCAUCGCUUCCGGGCACGACCAGAGACCUCAAGCAGAAGUCAAUCAUGAACCCGGCCUCAAUGCCCCAUUUAACCUGAUAACGGAACUGGAUUUUCGCAUGGCGGUGCCCAACUCUCCAUCUCCAUUUCCAGAAAUCUGCGCCGCCCUCCAGCGACCGAAUCUUGAGUCGAACUUUUCAGACGCCGAGUUUCUCGAGGCUAUCAUGAUCUGGAGAUCCAACACUAGCUACUCGGGCUCUGUUUACAAUGUCUCUAGUCGCCUUUUUCACAUCCACCGGCCGCCCAGUUGCGGCCCCCGCAAGCGGCUUCGGAACCUCGCUCACACGCGUGGGAUCCUCCACCUGUUGGUCCAGGAUCUUGAGGCGUCAGAACCAUCUUCGGUCCCCGUGUGCGACAGCAUGGUCCCGACGAACGCGCCCGAGGACGAUGACAGUCUCGCCACAACGAAAAGAGAGCUUGCCAUCGCCACCUACGGAGAGGUCCGGUUUUGGAAGUAUGGAUCGAGAUUGGGGAGAAUCGUCAUGUUUUGGGUUUUGUAUCGAAUCUUGACAGUAUGUCUUCCUCCCCCACCAAGUGCAUGA